AUGAAUUCUCAUUAUGGUAGUUCAUCUUAUUUGGCAUCGUCUUCUUCUUUAGAUGAUGAUGAUGAUUAUUAUGAUGAUCUAGAAAAACAAGUGGUAUGUCAAAUUACUACUAACAACAAUUUUUGCAUCGCUCAACACCAAAAUAAUGAAGGGUCACACAGGGGCUCAAUUCCUUGUCAUAUAGUAGUCAACCGUGACCGAGAAAAUGCUGAUCGCAAUCUCUUCAACGACUAUUUUGCAGAGAACCCUCGAUUUUCUGCCUCGAUAGAUGGACUCGGUAAGCUUGGGUUAUCGGGUCUACAAAAAGUAACAGCUGUAUUUCGAAUGUUGGCAUAUGGUGUACCGGCAGAUGCUACCAAUGAGUACAUCAAAAUAGGAGAAUCUACUGCUUUGGAAAGUUUGAAACAAUUUUGUCGUGCUGUUGUCAAGGUUUUUGGAGCCCGCUAUCUCUGA